AUGACUGAAGCCAAACAAGAUUUAAUUGAAUUAUCAUCAAAUCCUUUAGAUGUAUGGAUAAAUACACAUUAUGAUGAAUUGUGUGCAGGUAUGACGUGUGAAAAUGCUUUAUUCUGCAAACCAUCAGACAUGAAAGACAAGAAUUUUCAAAUGAGCAUUAAAGAUAAAUGUGAUAAGAAACAGAGAAGAAUAGAUGGUAAACAGACAUGGUAUUAUGUUUUGAAAGAAGAAAUGAAAGGAUUAUAUAAACAGGUUGAACCAAACGAUAAUGAGGAUUCAUUUACUGACGAUGAAAUACCUGUAAAUGAAGCUUUAUAA